AUGGUUGAAGAUUCGAGAGUCAGAGAUGCUAUCAGAGCAGGCGAGCAAGAAGCAUUGCCAGCUUCAUUAGUUCCAAAGGCGCCAAGUGUGUUGAAUUCUAAAGAUAAGAAUACGCAGAGACUUAUUGUUGUCUUAUCCCAGGCAUCGUUGGAGACCCACAAAAUCCCUUCUUCCCGUCCAGGUGGUGACAAAUACGUGCUGCUGAAUUGCGAUGACCAUCAAGGUCUAUUGAAGAAAAUGGAUAGAGAUAUCAGUGAAGCUCGUCCAGAUAUCACACAUCAAUGUUUGUUAACGCUGUUGGACUCUCCGAUCAACAAGGCGGGCAAAUUACAAGUAUACAUCCAGACCAGUCGAGGUGUUUUGAUUGAGGUGAACCCAACAGUCCGUAUUCCAAGAACGUUCAAGAGAUUUUCCGGUCUAAUGGUUCAACUAUUGCACAAACUGUCUAUUAGAUCCGUCAAUUCGGAAGAAAAGCUAUUAAAAGUCAUUAAGAACCCAGUAACAGACCAUUUACCAACCAAGUGCCGCAAAGUCACAUUAUCAUACGACGCUGAGGUCGUCAGAGUCCAGGAUUAUAUCGAGAAGAACCUCGAAGAGGAUGAAAGUAUUUGUGUAUUCGUUGGUGCAAUGGCUAGAGGAAAGGACACAUUCGCUGAUGAAUUCGUCGAUGAGAAGAUCGGUUUAUCCAACUAUCCAUUGAGUGCAUCUGUGGCAUGCUCAAAAUUCUGUCAUGGUGCUGAGGACGCUUGGAAGAUCUUGUGA